AUGGGACCCCCACAGCGCGGGCUGCAGGCUCUGGCGCUGGCGCUGCUGCUGGCCGGGGGGGCCCUGGGGGCCGCCCGCGGGCGCCGCUUCUGCCGCCCCGUCAACGCCACGAUCGCGGCCGAGAAGGACGACUGCCCCGUCUGCGUCACCGUGGCCACGGCCAUCUGCAGCGGGUACUGCCAGACCAAGGAGCCGGUGUACAAGAGCGCCCUGGCGCCCGUCUCCCAGCACGUUUGCAGCUACCGGGCCGUGCGCUACGAGACGCUGGCGCUGCCCGGCUGCCCGCCCGGCGUGGACCCGGCCUUCACCUUCCCGGUGGCGCUGAGCUGCCACUGCAGCCUGUGCCCCAUGGACUCCAGCGACUGCACCGUGCACAGCCUCGGGCCCGACUUCUGCAGCGCCCGGGGGGGCUUCGCCUAG